AUGGGGCGGCAGGAACCUCUCCUAUCAUACAACACCACUCGGCCUUCGAGGUCCAGGGGCUCAAACCGAUCAGUCAAGGGAGGACUACUCUCUCAGCUUCACAACAAUUCGUAUCAUGAGCCCCCCUCGACACCGAAAUUGACACCUCGAAGAGCCAUUUUGGCUAUCUUUCUUGCCCUUCUGGGUCUCAGCUUGUUGCAUCGGCCGGUUAGCAAUCGCUACAAUGGCGUUCCUCGCUAUGGCAAUGGUCUCCGAUCGCCUGAAGAGCGAGCACGUCAUAUUCUCACAACCACUCCGUUGAUAGAUGGCCAUGUCGAUUUCCCAAUAGUGUUGCGUUUCGCCUAUGGCAAUCAGAUUUAUGAUGAGAACUUUACUCAGCCUUUUGAGCAAGGUGGACUUUUUGGACAUGUAGAUUUACAUCGCCUUCGUAAAGGCCAAAGUGGCGGUGCAUUCUGGAGUCUCUUCGCUCCUUGCCCGUCGAAUGACUCUGACUUCUCUGAUGGAAACUAUGCCUCCAGCGUUCAGUUCACGUUGGAUCAGAUCGAUGUCAUGACUAGGCUGCAGGCAGCCUAUCCCAGCCAUUUCUCCGAAAAGGUCGACAGCUCCAACGCCUUUGAGGCUUUCAAGAAGGGUCAGCUGAUCUCGCCAUUCGGCAUUGAGGGACUGCACCAGAUUGGCAACAAAGCAGCCAACCUUCGCAAGUUCUAUGAGCUUGGUGUUCGCUAUGCUACCUUGACUCAUAACUGCCACAACAAGUUCGCUGAUGCCGCCGUUUUGGAAAACCCAACUCGCAAGGCUGAGCCUCUAUGGGGAGGCGUUAGUCCUCUGGGUCGCAAGCUCGUUCACGAGAUGAACCGCAUGGGCAUGAUUGUUGAUCUGUCACAUGUCAGCGAGGAUACUAUGCUGGAUGUCCUCGGUGGUGGAAAGGAUUGGAGUGGUUCCGAAGCCCCCAUCAUCUUCUCUCACAGCUCGGCCUAUAGCGUCUGUCCUCAUCCUCGAAAUGUCAAGGACAAUGUCCUGCAGCUCGUCAAGGAGCGUAACUCUAUUGUCAUGGUCAACAUCGCCCCUGACUUCAUUUCUUGCGUUGAUACUGGAACGGAGAAUGGUAUUCCUGAGUUCUACCCUCAGAAUUCUACUCUUGCACACGCAGCUCAGCAUAUCCUCUACAUUGGUAACCUCAUUGGAUAUGAUCACGUAGGCAUUGGGACCGACUUUGAUGGCAUUCCAUCAGUGCCUAAGGGUCUUGAAGAUGUUACCAAGUACCCUGAUUUGAUUACAGAGUUGCUUCGACAGGGUGUCAGUAAUGUUGACGCAGCCAAGGUUGUUGGCGGUAACCUGCUACGAGUAUGGAAAGACGUAGACACUGUUGCAGCUCGGCUACAGGCCAAGGGAAAGCUGCCGCUGGAAGAUGAUCUGCCCAAGAUGAAAUUCGAAGAGGCGAGAGAGGCUUCUUUGGAGGACGCGUAA